GUACCCCUCCCAGCGGCCCAGGUCUGCGCAGACUCAGUGUCGCCUUCCGGUUGCUGUGCUGCAAUGCCCGCCCACUCACCCGCCAUGUCGAGUCACAGCGGCCGCAAGUUCAGCAGCGGGGACCUAGUGUUUGCCAAAGUGAAGGGCUAUUCCCCUUGGCCUGCUAGGGUCGAGCAGAUAGCCCAACCCAACCGGUACCACGUGUUCUUCUUCGGUACUUAUGAGACGGCCAUUUUGAGCCCCAAGCGCCUCUACCCGUACGAGGAGUGCAAGGAGAGGUUCGCCAAGGCCAGCAAGCGCAGGGGCUUCAGCGUGGGGCUGUGGGAAAUUGAAAAUGAUCCCAAGGUCAAGGCCACCCAUCUGACCCCUGUGGUGGCAGCUGCGGCAGAGGAGGGGGUGGCAGGCUGCGCCAACGCCUGUGACUCCGAGCCUGAGCCUGAACCCAACCCCCACCCUGACCAGGAGCCUGAACCGACCGAGGAGCGGCAGGACAAGGCACUGCUGAAGAGAGGCAUGGAGGACCCGCUUGGGGAUGCCCCCAAACGGUCCAAGGCCUCCUCGCUGGAUGGCCCGGGGAAAGAAGAGGAAGCUGAAAAGGAAAAAGAGAAGGAUGAGGAGGUGGCAAGGGAGGAACCCAAGGAGGAGGCCGAGAAGGCCAAGGCCCCAGGUGGCCUGUAGUCACUGCCUUACAGAAAGAGCCCCACACCGUCCCUGCUGCACCCAGCUAUGGAUGUUGAAAACCUCCUCAGUCUACACUGUGGGACCCCUUCUCCCACCUCCACUCUUCCGUCCUCCACUCAUUCUCUCCCCAAGCCCGGCCCUAGGGGAUGGAGCAAACCACUUGAUGGGACACGCUACGUUAUGGGACAGACUACUUAAUGGUACAGGUUACUUAACAGGACAGACCACCUGGAAAAGGAUGAACCACCUGGAAUGGACAGGCAGCUAGAUGGGACAGGCCACACAGAAGAGACUGGUUACCUAAACGGGACAAGCCACCUGGAACAGACAGGCUAGCUGGAUGGGACAGACCACUUGGAUUGGACAAGUCACCUGGCUUUCACCUGUCUGAUCUCCAACCCUUGAUCUGAGUCAGGGCCCUUGCUGCCCACAUGAAAUGUGGCCACCGUGGCUCUUGAGAUCUAAAACUGCUUCUCAGUGGUGCUAUUAAAGUGGGACAGGCUCUUUCCACCUCCUAACACCCCCUUUCCUCUCCCCUAGGCAUCUUGCGUUUCUGCCUUGAGAUCGCUCAGGAGUAACAGGGAGGAUAAACAGCAGGGGUGACUUCCAGAACCUGAGAGGGGCAGUGGUCAAACUGCAGUGGUAAGGAAGCAGGAGGGUAACAUGUAACUGCUGCACUCCUGUUCCUUCAAAACCUGCUCAGUUUUAUAGAUUCAGGAAAAUGAAACAGCUAUUGAGAGACCUUCCCUUACUAAUCCUUAUGCCAUUCAUGGAUUCAGAGGAGUUUUCAUGAAACCGCUGGUGGCACCUGAGUAUUUUUGAGAUGUGAAGGGGUGACUUUGCUAGUGGGGGCUAUGGGUGGAUUGGGAGGAGUGAGGAAGAGCAGUCUCCAUCCGGAUACCUGAGGCCACCCAUGAGAGACCGUGGAGAAACCUUUGGCUGCCUGUUUCUAUCUCCUCACAGCCUCAAGGCCACCAUAGUUAUGUACCACCAUGAAAGGCACAGAUUUUAGGCAACCUUUUAAAUAAAAUAAAUUUUUCAAAAAAUUAAAGACUAAUCUUGGGUGUGCCUCUAUUUUGCUCCCAGCUGUCUUGUUGGUAUACCUAUGGAGGCUGCUUUUCUGGGGUUCAAUACAUUUGUUCUAGAAGUUAGGGUUUUGAUAUUCUGUGAGGUGUGAAUUUCCAACCAAAUGCUCCAACCUGGCCUCUCCAGUAUUGUCACCAGAUCCCAUAAGUAGUGUGAGAGGGCAAAUAAAUGUCUUCUCUCAACCUCUUUCUCAUGGACUCUCCAUGCCUUUUUUGAUCUCUUCUCGGUCUCACCCCUACGCUCCUCCCCUGGGCUCUGAUGAAAAUGGUUGAUUGAAACUAUUUCACUUCUACUAAAUAAAAAUCGUUGCUUGCUUUAAAACAA